AUGGAAAGCCAAAUAACUGGCAUCAAAUUGAAUAAGACAACCAGUGUGAGCGAAGGAAUGACUGAAAAUGGGGAGGAGCAAAGAGAAGGAAAGGAAGAGCCAAAUGCUACUUCGUCUCGACUCGUUGACCGAACGAGGCUCAGCUGCACACCUCUACCAUCUAACAAACCAUGUCAAAAGGAUGCUAUGAAGCAUACGACCACGAGGAAGAGUAGCUCGGCAGUCACAAAUGCUAAGAUGACGCCGCCACCCAAACGCAAUGCACCAUCGCAGACGACCAAGUCUACACCUCGAAGCGCAGUUACUACUUCUCGCCCUAAAACAACUCAUCAAGGUAUGACGAUUUCUGGUAGCGUUUACAAUGAUGAUGAUGAUGAUGGUGAUGCUGAAAGAGCAGUCGCAACUGCCAAGACGACGUCUCCACCCAAACGCACACCAGCACCGCGGAACACCAAUGGGGAACCACGAACCGCGGUUGUAACUCCUCGCCCCAAACCAAAUCAUCCAGAUGCUGCCGCCUGUGUUGGCGAGGGUAAUGGCUCGUUUGGUGACGAUCUUGGUGGUGACGUGUGUUUGCAAGUGUCGACUGUAUUUUGCACCUGUGGUGACGACAGUGGCGCAAUUUCAUCUGUUAUCUCGCAUUAUUUAUCUCGUUCUGGAGGUCGCUCGGCAGUCACAGCUGCCAAGACGUCGUCGUCCCCCAGACGCACACCCCGUUUUAAUCCACCUUCAAUCUAUCAUGAUUUAUGGAAUUUCUGUGUUGACAGCAUCGCCGUGUAUUCGCUAGACGUCGGCCACGACGCAGUUUCGAGUAACGCAUCGAAACCUCUGCAAGUUGCCUGA